GCAUCCCCACAGCUCCACGCUGUUUCAGAUUUCAGCAUCCUUCAGACGAACUUCUCCAUGCCAGUCCCACCGCUGACGUUUGACUGGCAAACACGGCCCUUGGCAAUCCGUUUCAGAGGGGCAGGCAGGCAGUUGAGAGGUGGCAUUCUUACACAGUAAAAGCCCCCGAGAGCCGUUGGCACUGGCAUACGCCGUUACUUUGCCUCUUUUACGCUUUUCGGCUCCCCUUUUCUUCCUUUCUCUUCUCCCAGGCUGGAGAAGUUGUGCUUGUUUUCGAAUCUGGCAGGUCCUCGUUCAUUUUGAGCUCGGCAACAUGAGGUCCUCGAUUCACUUCGUUCUGUUCUUCCUGCUCGGCCUGGUCGCCAGCAUGGCCCUCCCGAGACGCCAGGCUCAGGCACAGUUUGCGGUCGUGGACUUCUCUGGAAAGGCAGCCUGUCACUCAAUUUUGACCUCCUGCCGAGUGGACGCCGACUGCUGUGCUGGCCUGAAGUGCGGCGUCUUCGACGACGACGCCCUGUGCGUCCCUGCCGGCUGAGACGUUUCCGGGGCCGGCUGUGAGACAGCUAGUUU